AUGAAAAAGAAAAAUCACGAAAUAGUAAGGAUCUACGAGGGAAAGGCGUGUAGUAGGCUACACUCGAUCAAGGAUCCUAAAAGGGAUAUGGAUCCAUACGAUGCUGACAGUGAUGCCGAUCAUCACCGGAAAAUCAGAACACAGAGAAGUAAAAAAUACUACCGAAAACCAAUUCAUCUGGCGAGACAACUUCUACAUAGCGUGACCACUGCCAGUGAAAGUUGUGAUUAUUCAGAUACAGGAAGUGGAGAAAAUGAUGAUUUAAUGAUGCCACGACCUGGUAGUUCCAGUGAUUCCAAUGACGUCUCGUUACCAAGGGAGACGAUUCAUAGCAGUCCUGUAAAUGGAGCGACAUACAUUACUCAAUCACCGUCUAGAAACAGUCUAAACCAACAUGGAGGUCAGUGA